CGACUCAUGUAGAAAGUCUUCAUGUGAUGCCAUGGUGGCAUGGCUUUCAACAAGCUGGAGAUGGCUGAGCGGAAUUUUGAGCCUGCGUCCAACUUUAGGAUCUUCAGGCAGCAUUCUCUUGAAUCACUGCUUGCGGGCUCAUUUGCGCCUUGAAGAAAACUACAAUGUUACUGCAUGUCUGCCGAGCCCUUGGGGUUCGUACGAACCAAGCAAGAUCGGCAGUCCUCCCUCUCAAGCCUCCUGGCAUGAGUUGGUGGACGUGUACGAUGUCGAUGGGACAACCAAGAUCGGCAAUGCGACUGCGUGGGAGGCACAGACCUCUUGCCUUUGGCACCGGACUGUAUAUGUAAUCCUCCGCUUGCCGGAUGAGCGGUUUCUUCUCCAACAGCGUGCAGUAUGGAAAUGGCGAAUGGGAGGUCUGUGGGACUUAGGACUCUCCGAGACUGUGGAACUUGACGAAGAUCUGUGGACAGCUGCGAAUCGCGCAGUCACAGAGGAGCUUGGUGAGCAUGCUCCUCGCCACCACUUGCGCGAAUGCUGUCGCUUGAGCGUAGGAUGGAGCGGGUCGAUGCCCCAAAUGCAGGUGCUCGAUGACGCCAAUUCUUUUGUCGCUAUAAUAUUUGUAGUGCAUCUUGUGUGACCUUUAGUCUUUGCAUGUUUUCCUUGAGAUGGUUUGAAUUUUGUGAGAAUUUUGCAACCUGGGGUGAGACUACCCAUGGUUGCCAUAUCUGAGCUUGGAAGUGUAAUGCGACUUUUGACUGGAUCGUCGAAUGCUUCAGGUUUGCCAAGCAGAUCACAAUAUAGUGUUUACAGCACUUGGCGAAGAACGGCUUGACUAUGGUCAGCGAGAUGCAGAGGUCGAGGCGUUGGAGUAUUGGACCAUGGAGGAAUACAAACACCAAGCAGAAGUGGAGCCAUUUCGUUUUGCGCCAUGGGUUCAUGCGUUGAUCCUGGGAUGUUCUGAAUGCUUCGGCCCAAAGACGGCAGAACUGUGAGUCAAACUUAGCAACUUCCGAGCACAACCUUUAUGCCUCGUUGGGCAGUGGUGGUUGGAAA